AUGGAUAGUGAUUCCUUGUAUCGUUAUUUCGAUGGCACAGGACACAAAUGCACACAAUACUUCAUGAAGAAUGUUGUUAACUACGAGCUGAGACCAUUGAACAGUAAGCAGGUUGUAUGGAACAAGCUCAACAAGACCUUUGUUCCAAGAGAAGAUGAUGUGGAUGACAUCAUCAGAACCCAUCACAUGGGACAGGGCGUUCACCUUCACCGAGGUGUCCUGGCCACUGUCACAUCAAUAUCUCAUCUCUACACCAUUAACAACAUCAACGUUAGGGUCCAGCCCUUGCAACAACAACAACAACAACAACAACAACAACAACAACAACAACAACAACAACAACAACAACAACAACAACAACAACCUGCCCCAUCGCCAAACGAGGGGAGCAGCGACAGUAGUUGUAACCCCUCAUCACCAAUUGAUCAAGACUCCAUGGAGAGUGACAACACAGACGACGAACCGGAACAUGGCGAGGACGAUGCUGAUAAAGAUGAUGAUGACGACGACGAACCGGACAAUGAUCCGAUCUGCGCAUAUGGGGAACGUUCCAUGUCGGAAAAGGACAUUCUCAUCCAGAGAAUCCACAAUAUGCUCAGGUUAAAGGACAACAACGCACUAAGAGUCUUUUCCUUACCAACUUUCAACCACAGAUCAGCCAAUGAACUUAGUGCCCUUUCAAAGACCUACAAGAAAUACUCGCUGUUCCUGCACCCGGAUAAGAACACACAAGGCACAACAGCCAAGCAACUAGCUCGCAUACAAGAAGCAUUCAAGUUCAUGAAGAACGCAUACGAAUCAUUGAUCACUGGAUAUAAGACCAUUAAAAGGGACUAA